UCCUUCUACCCCGGCCUCCCCUCUAACAUUUAGUUACUUGUCCAUCAUGGGAACUGUAGAAUCUGAUAAAACAGAGCUGAAGCAGAGGAACAAGGUUAAAAUAAACACAGAUGAUGCAGUAAAAGGUCGGGAGAGAGUUAGUAAACACUCUGAGAAGAAUUCUGAUUCGGAGGAGGAAGAACCAAAACAAGAGACCGAAGAAGAGAGAGUUGCUAGAAUUGGUCAAGUCUCCGUUUCCUUUACAGAUUUUGUAUUUAAAUGCAUUGACUAUGACAUGCUUAAAUUGUUUCUUGGUUCUAUGAUUGGAUUCUUUUGCCUAGUUCUUAUUGUAACAAUCAUAUACUUAAUUUUCUGCUUCUUCUUCUUUGAACGUCAAUGGGAAUUGUACUUUCCGUCUGAUAAAGUGAGAAUGCAUGCCACCUCAGAGCUCUAAUAUGGAGAUGAAUACUACAGAAAAUAUGAACAAUACAGCUGAAAAUGUGGGCAGAUCUCUGACCAGUUUGAUAUCCAAGAUUAAUACGGAUCAGAGUGACCUGUCAAAGACCCUACCCUCUAAUACUAGUUACAAUGUUUUACAUAACUCUGAAGCAGCAGUCCACUAUGGCCAGUUCUAUACACUAUAUUUGAUUAUUGCAAUUCUUGUUUUUAUUCUAAUAAUCAUGAUCUAUCUACAUUUCUUCUCCUGGGUUCUCAAGGGCAAUCUUGACCUGCCAGGGCCAGGAGGAAUGGAUGUUCGGAAAGGUCCAGUUGUCUAUGUUAAAAACCCUUUCAAAAUGUUCUAUGCCUGGAUCACCAGGUAUAAGAUUGAUAACACCAUAUCUGAAGUUCCGAUUGAAAUGAUAAGUAGUCCUAACAUUACUAGUAAUACAUCAGAACUAGGGAACGAGGAGGGUGUCAUCAAUCUUAGGGGCCCGGGGACCAGCCUGCCAGAUGGAGCCAGAUCGAAGAAAGCCAUGUUUGAAUCUAAGAGAUUGAGCGAAAACAUUAAACAACAUUCCCAGUUUCGAUAUGGUCGCCAUCUUGACGAUGUGGAAGAAAUGAUUAUUGAAUAAAGAACUGUGCUAGCUGACCAUAUUUAUGUUAAAGAUAUAUUUAUGUACUUGAUUAUUGACAUUUUGUUUCUGUUUUCUUUAUGUAACGUGUUUAACAAUAUGCAAUGAUAUACAAUAUUUUUUGAAUUAAAUAUACUUUCAUGUUUUUCAA